GCGCCAUGAGCUCCAGAAAUGGUGGCCGCAAAAAUCUUGCGCAGAAGCGUGCUCAACUUCAGGAUCGUGUACCGUAUGACCAGAGCUUGCAGAGGGCAGCAUUUCAUUCCAGCAAUUGAACCAGAGAUCGUGAUGGUCUAAACUGAUGAGAGUUGCGGGACGCAGCAGAAACUGGAUUGCUUGAAAGCAGUAAGAACAGCGAAGCUCGGGUGACAUUGGAUGCGGGCUUGUAGUAUGCUUCAAUAAUUCUACAAAGCGGUAAACGCUGGACAGAACAAUAGUCAAGUUGUUAGCAUUGCGCAAGAACAGAAUUAGGGCUGAGCGCUAUAAGUGGCAGAUUGAUGGGGACUCAAUCAAUGCCUUGCGGAUAUGGUACUAAGAGAGUGGAAACUCAGCUGAUUACUUAUGGCAAUCCCCACCCCCAAACAGAGAUUGGCUGUCGCAGCAGUACAUGCAUACAGCACACAGGAUUCUGCUCCCUAUCUCCAAGCUCUGCACACAAGCAGUAUCCACUAUACCACCACCUAAACUGGAUCAGAUCUCGUUCAAGUUGGAGUGAGAAUUUUAGCGUGGUGUGUUUCCAGAAGGCCAGAGUUAGUGUCGUCACCUGUGCUGCAGAUGGAGAGGCCGACGGAGCUCCUUCGUCAGUACGAUACAAGCGGAUACCACGAUUACGAAUUGAGAUCAUGGAGUUGCCAAUUGAAUACAUCAUCCGGCCGCUUCAGAAGACCCGAAAAUAUGACCAAGAAAAAGUUCAAGGGUUAGCGGACAGCAUUGCGGAGAUUGGCCUCCAGGAACCGAUAGACGUGAUCGAAGUAGACGGGCAGUACUAUGGCUUCUCGGGUUGCCAUCGGUUCGAGGCGCAUCUUCUUCUCGGCAAGCCCACCAUACUGUGCAGCGUCCGAAAGGGAACACAGCGAACGCUCAGGGACCAUCUGAGUUGAACGGAAGCAUGCUGUUGAGAAGGUGUGCCCAAAGUAUAUUCUUGUUGGAGUAUGCGACGUACUUGCAAACUAUCAGCAUGCCACUUUAUGCAGUCAAAACGAUUGUCACGGCAAGCGCCAUGUCAUGUGCUCCUCGUUCAGGUUGUGCUUUACGAGUGCAGUGCAAGGCAGUCCGUUCAUAUUACGGUCUGGAUUCGCGCUAUAGCACGGUGAGAGCUUCAAGUAGGAGUAGCGCCUCUCGCUACAUACGUUGUACAGACAGCCCGGCCCGGUUCUCUCAGUCCUAAUUGACGUACAUAUACAGUGAGCCAACUUCAGGUUUCUGGUUUCCAAGGGUUGUCAUGGGUUUUUGGUCUAUAACUGUUCCUGUCAGUCACUCAACCUAAGCUCUGAAAACGUAGCGGUCACUUCACUAGCUGCACGUGAUCUUCAUCACCUUGGAUUCAGAGCUCUGCGCCGCAGUGUAGCUGUGGGGGUCGCACUAGCAAUCCACGAACAAUCUGACUUCCAGA